CGGGUUGUUGCCGCAUAAACACUAUUAUCGAGUUCUGGUCAUCGGGGUUUUUUCAAUUUUCUCUCCGAAUUACUUCCAGGUGUCAGGCUCAUCAUGCCUUCGAAUAAUGGUCCCCGUCAUGGAAAGGGGAAACCAUCUAACAAGUCUCACAAUCUGAAGCGGAAGCGCGCAGACGAGGAUUUAUCGUCGCUGGUCCAGCGAGUCGAAGAUCUCGACCUCAAGGAAUCCUACAAAUCGUUCUCCGAUCUCCCUCUGUCCGAACCGACCACCUCCGGACUCUCGUCGUCCCACUACAAGACCCUCACCGAUAUCCAAUCCCGCGCGAUCAGCCAUGCGCUGAAGGGUCGGGAUAUUCUGGGCGCCGCGAAGACAGGAAGCGGCAAGACGCUGGCCUUCCUGGUGCCGGUCCUCGAGAACCUGUACCGCAAGCAAUGGGCCGAAUACGACGGACUGGGGGCGCUGAUCCUCUCGCCGACCCGCGAACUGGCGAUCCAGAUCUUCGAAGUCCUGCGCAAGGUCGGCCGCUAUCACAAUUUUUCUGCCGGCCUGGUGAUCGGUGGGAAGAGUCUGCGCGAGGAGCAGGAGAGACUGGGGAGGAUGAACAUUCUGGUCUGUACGCCGGGCCGAAUGCUACAGCAUCUGGAUCAGACCGCUCUCUUCGACACCAAUAACCUGCAGAUGCUGGUGAUGGACGAGGCGGACCGGAUCAUGGAUAUGGGAUUCCAGAAGACGGUGGAUGCGAUCGUCGGUCAUUUGCCCCAGGAGCGCCAGACGCUGCUGUUCAGUGCGACGCAAACGAAGAAGGUGUCGGAUCUGGCGCGCUUGAGUUUGCAGGACCCCGAGUAUGUGGCCGUGCAUCAAGCGGCGUCCUCCGCGACCCCGGCGACGCUCCAACAACACUACGUGGUGAUUCCGCUACCGCAGAAGCUAGAUGUGCUGUGGAGUUUCAUCCGAAGCAAUUUGAAAUCCAAGACGAUCGUGUUCCUGUCGUCCGGGAAACAGGUCCGAUUUGUCUACGAGUCGUUCCGACACAUGCAGCCUGGUAUUCCCUUGAUGCAUCUCCACGGCCGACAGAAGCAGGGCGGACGUCUCGACAUCACGACCAAGUUUUCGCAAGCCAAGAACGCCGUUCUUUUCUCGACGGAUAUUGCCGCGCGUGGUUUGGAUUUCCCGGCCGUCGACUGGGUCAUUCAGCUGGAUUGCCCCGAAGAUGCUGACACGUAUAUUCACCGAGUUGGGCGAACGGCGCGUUACGAGCGUGAUGGCCGUGCGGUUCUAUUCUUGGAUCCUAGCGAGGAGAAGGGCAUGCUGCAGCGCCUGGAGCAGAAGAAGGUGCAGGUCGAGCGGAUCAACAUCAAAGCGAACAAGCAGCAGAGUGUCAAGAACCAGCUGCAGAACAUGUGUUUCAAGGACCCCGAGCUGAAGUAUCUGGGCCAGAAGGCGUUCAUCUCCUACGUGAAGUCGGUCUACGUGCAAAAGGACAAGGAGAUUUUCGACGUCAAGGCGCUGAAACUAGAGGAUCUGGCCCACAGCAUGGGUCUUCCCGGUGCGCCUCGCAUCAAGUUCAUCAAGGGAGAGGAUACGAAGGAACGCAAGAACGCCCCUCGCGCGUCGGCGUACAUGUCCAGCGACGACGAGUCCGGCGAAGAGGGCGAAGAGAAGGCGGCGAAGAAGAAGGAGGAGCCUAAGGUGCGGACUAAAUACGACCGGAUGUUCGAGCGACAGAACCAGGACGUUCUGGCCGACCACUACUCGAAGAUCAUCAACGAUGAAGGCACCAUGGUCGAUACGAAGAAGAGCAAGGGUGGCGACAGCGAUGACGAGGACGAUUUCCUGUCCGUCAAACGGCGCUUCACUGCCGGAGACGAGGAUCUGGAUAUGGGAAGUAGCGAUGAAGACGAGGAGGAGAAGGAGGAGGCCGACAAGAAAGACCUCAAGACCGUGCAGAUCGACGGCCGGGACCCGCUGGUCGUGGACUCGAAACGACGCGAGAAACUACUCAAAUCGAAGAAGAAGCUGCUCAAGUUCAAGGGCAAGGGCACGAAGCUUGUCUACGACGACGAGGGCAACGCGCACGAGCUGUACGAGAUGGAAGACGAAGACCAGUUCAAGGCGCGCGGCGACGCCAAGGACCAGCAGGCACAGUUCCUGGCCGAGGAGACGCAGCGCACGCGGCAGGCCGACAUGGAGGACAAGGCGGUCGACAAGCAGAAGCGGCGGGAGAAGAAGGAGAAGCGCAAGCAGCGCGAGCGCGAGUUGCUGGCCGAGGAAGAGGCCGACGAGCGCGAGGCGCAACUGGCGCCCUUCGAGGGCGGCGACGACUACGACGGAGGCGAUUAUUCGCAAUCCGAGACGGAAGAGCCCGCGCCGCGUCCCAGCAAGAAACAGAAGGUUCGCGUGCAAGAGCCCGACGACAAGAGCGAGGAAGACGAGCCUUGGUACAAGAAGAGCAAGCGCCCUGCUGCAAAGGAACCUGCGCAGAUCCAGACCUUGGAGGAUCUGGAGUCGCUGGCUACUGGACUGCUGGGGUAGAUUGGUUUCUUUCUUGUGUCGUGCGGUGGAUGUCUUUUUUCUCUUUUACGUGGAUAUGUUCUGGGUUGUCUGUGCGUUUCUUACUAGCGGAGAGGAUGCAAAGCAUGUAUGUUUUGGACUCUGGGUUCUUUUGUCUGCAUGAUGUAUAUAGUGUUGUGAAUUAAAA